AUGCUUCAAUAAGAAAUUUUAAAUGAAAUAUUAGUUCCUAAUCAAUUAGCUUAGGUCUUUGAAACUGUGGUUUAAAGCAAUAAAUAAGUUGGUAUAGAAUUAGAUUACUUUGGUGUUAAAGUGAGAAAUGGAAAGUAUGAUAAUAAAAGGAUAGACAAUAAGAAAAAAUAAUAACAAUUAAAGAAAUAAUAAUAACAAUAAUAAUCUUAAUUACAAUAGCAAACAGUUGAUUAUGUAGAGCAAGAGGAUAUCGAUAAUAAAUAUGCAAAAUAAAUAUAAUUUGAUGAUGAUGAAAAUUUGGAUACAGAUUAGAUUUAAUAACAAUAAUAAUUUUAAGAAGGCUAGGUUUAUAAUAUUAAUGAAAAUAUUGAAUUUUAUUUGACUUCUGAAUUCAAGACUGUAAGAUACAAUGAAAGGAAAGAACUCUCAUGUUUAGUUGGUAUUAAAGCUAAGGAAGUACAUUAAUAAUAAUAGGUACCUUAAUAGAUAGAAGGGGAUGCAUAAAACUAAUUUAAUAUGGAUUAAUAACAACAUUCUAAAGUUGGAGUAGAUUUAGUAAAUAUUUAUAUAUAAGUAAGCUUUGUGUAAUUGAUAGAAGUGGUAGUAUGAGUGGAGAUAAAAUAGAGAUGGUAAAAUAGACAUUAAAUAUCUUACUCAAUUUCUUAGGUCCUAAAGAUCGAUUAUGUUUAAUAUAAUUUGAUGAUACUUGUUAGAGAUUAACUAAUUUAAGAAGAGUGACUGAUGAGAAUAAAACAUAUUAUUCAGAUAUUAUUUCAAAGAUUUAAGCUAAUGGUGGUACUGAAAUUAGUUUAGGUACUUAAAUGGCCUUAAAAUAAAUUAAAUAUAGAAAGUGUGUUAAUAAUGUGACAGCAAUUUUUGUAUUAUCUGAUGGAUAGGAUGAGUCUGCAGUUUUUAAACUUCAAAAAUAACUUGCUUAUUAUUAAUAAACUCUUACAAUUCAUUCUUUUGGUUUUGGUAGUGAUCAUGAUGCUAAAUUAAUGACUAAAAUUUCUAAUUUAGGAAAAGGUAGUUUCUAUUUUGUUAACAACAUAUCUCUACUUGAUGAAUUUUUUGUUGAUGCAUUAGGUGCUCUAACUUCUAUGGUAGUUACAGAUAUUUAAAUAACUUUAUAAAAUCAAACUUAAAAUCCUUAUGAUGCUAUAACUAUAUCUAAAUUCUAUGGCUAAGAGAAACAAAACAAUUAAAUUAUAAAAUUAAAGAUACCAUAUUUAGCUGAAGGAUAAAGAAGAGAUUUUGUUUUUAAACUUAACAUACCUUAUAUAAAUAAUAAUGUAUUUUUUCAUUAUUAUUUUUUAAGUUACAAUAAGAUAAUGUAGUCAUCUUUAAAGCAUUAGCAUAGAUCACCAGUUCCUAAACUAGACAGACUAUUGAAAAAUAAGCUGAAUUGGUUUUAAGAUUUAUUGAUGAAAAUUAACAUCUUAAUGAAGAAUAAGAUUAGUACUUUAAUAUUGAUAAUUAUUAAGUUUUGUAACUGAAUAAGUAUUUAGAGUAGAAUCAGCUGAGGUUAUAAAAGAUGCUUUACAAAAAUGUUAGAAUAGAUAAAAUACAUAAGCCAUAAAUUUGAUCGACUCUUUAAUUUCAAAAGUCUAAGAAAAUCAAUAGCUAAAUGAAAAAGUUAAGAAUAUUGUGUCAGAUCUUUAAUAAGUUAAAUAGGCAGCUAAAUAAGAAUAUUUCAAUAAAUUUGGUAGUAAAUAAAUGUAUUAGAUUAUUUCAAAUAAUUAUAAUUAAUAAGGAAUUAAUGCUAAAUUUGAUGCUGCUGGAAUUCAAUUACAAUAAGAAGAAUAAUCUUAAUUCUAAAAUUAAAAAUAAAUGAUGUGGGUUAAAAAGGUCUAAUAUUCAAAAAAAUGCAAACCAUGA